CCGCCCCAGGCCCCCGCGGCUGGCGGCUGGGGCAGAGCAGGUUGCAGUAGCCCCGGGGCCGGAGCCUGCUGAUAGGUUGCGAGGACCCGAGGCUUCCUCCAGCCUCUCACCUCCUGAUUGGUCCGGCCCCGCAUCCGUCGUGCCCUGGGCGGUGGCGGGCGCCGCGGGGGUGGAGGCAGGGACGGGGCCGGCUGACAUCACCGCCCGGGGAAGGCCGCCUCUGGCUUGAAGAUGUUAUAGGCAAACAGGGAAGCGGCGGAGCCGAGCGGGUCCCCAGCUCGCCUGGGCGCAGAGCUGUGCACAAGGCAGAAAGGGGGAGACUCCGCUGGGGAGGGAGACUCUGCCGCCGCCGCUGCUGCUGCUGCUGCUUGGAUAUACUACCAUCUACCUGCCACCCCUGUCACUCCCUGCCCCGGCUCCGCAUUGUGAAGUCCUAUUAGGAGCAUCUGUCGGGGGGCGAAUUUGCUUUGAUCGUUUCUGCCCCGCUCCUUGUCCUCCUCUUGCUCCGCUGCUGCCUCCCCCUCCCCGCCGCCGCCCCCACGGAGCCCCCCGCGCCCCCGGGUGCAUUUGCCUCGAGACUCUUUCCCGCCGAGGCUGCGCCGGACCCGCGGGCUCCGAGAGGGGGACGAGGGGCUCCUCGGACGCUGCCCACCGCUGCCUGGCUCUCGCCCGCCCCAGCCGGGGGCCAAGCCGGAGCCGCCCGGGGCCGGGGCAGCUGGCCGGGCACAGCCCUCCGCAGCAGGCGCCCGCUCAUCUUGCUCUUGCCCAUGAACUGCAUGAAAGACCCGUUAAGCCUGGAGCGCCUGGGAGCCGGGAAUAAGCUGUGCUCCACUUCACCCUCCUCCUCCUCUUCUUCCUCCUCCUCCUCCUCAUCUUGCCACCAUCACCAGCCGGCACUGGGCAUGGCUUCUGCUCUAGCUCCCGGGCAGCCUCGCUCGUCCUUGGACUCCUCCAAGCACCGGCUGGAGGUGCACACCAUCUCGGACACCUCCAGCCCCGAGGCCGCAGAGAAAGAGAAAAGCCAGCAGAGCAAGAAUGAGGACCCGGGGGCUGAGGAUCCGUCCAAGAAGAAGAGGCAGCGGCGGCAGAGGACUCACUUCACCAGCCAGCAGCUGCAGGAGCUGGAGGCCACUUUCCAGCGGAACCGCUACCCGGACAUGUCCACCCGGGAGGAGAUCGCGGUCUGGACCAACCUCACAGAAGCCCGAGUGAGGGUUUGGUUCAAGAACCGCAGAGCCAAAUGGAGAAAGAGAGAAAGGAACCAGCAAGCUGAGCUUUGCAAAAACGGUUUUGGUCCGCAAUUUAACGGUCUCAUGCAGCCCUACGAUGAAAUGUACCCGGGCUACUCUUACAACAACUGGGCAGCUAAAGGCCUGACCUCUGCUUCCCUGUCCACCAAAAGCUUUCCUUUCUUCAACUCUAUGAAUGUCAACCCUCUGUCUUCUCAGAGCAUGUUCUCCCCUCCAAAUUCCAUCUCCUCCAUGAGUAUGUCUUCAAGCAUGGUGCCCUCUGCAGUCACUGGGGUCCCCGGUUCCAGCCUCAACAGCCUGAAUAACUUGAACAACUUGAGCAAUCCCUCCCUGAAUUCUGCAGUGCCAACGCCAGCUUGUCCUUAUGCUCCUCCAACACCUCCUUAUGUUUAUAGGGACACAUGUAACUCUAGCUUGGCCAGUCUGAGACUUAAAGCCAAGCAGCACUCCAGCUUUGGAUAUGCCAGUGUGCAGAACCCAGCUUCCAACCUGAGCGCGUGUCAAUAUGCUGUGGACAGACCCGUGUGAGAUAUUCCAGUAUAAAAUACUGAACGGGAAUCCCUCCCCUUCCCCGCAGAGACUGAGAAUUAAACUAGAAAGUAAUGGGCACUAUAGAGAAAGAGAAAGGAAAAAAGGAGAGAGAGAGAAAAGAGAGAGAGAAGGAAACCACUGAAAUAAGAUAGCUCCUUUGUUUUCAAAGGAUCUCCGACAGUUUCUGACAUCCUUCAUUUAAGAGUAUUUCCAACAGUUACAAGGACAUAUAUAUAUAUAUAUAUAUAUAUAUAUAUAUGGACAGACAAAUGUUUGACUGGAUAUGAUAUGACAUUUUAAUGUUACUAUAAGCUUGUUAUUUUUUAAGUUUAGCAUUGUUAACAUAAAAUGACUGAAAGGAUGUAUAUAUAUCGAAAUGUCAAAUUAAUUUUAUAAAAGCAGUUGUUAGUAAUAUCACAACAGUGUUUUUAAAGGUUAGGCUUUAAAAUAAAGCAUGUUACACAGAAAGCGAUUAGGAUUUUUUCGCUUGCGAGCAAGGGAAUGUAUAUACUUAAAUGCGACACUGUAUGUUUCUAACAUAAUUAUUAAAAAAAAACAACCUUGUGUGAAUAUCAGUUUUAGAAUAGUACCUCUGGUGGAUGCAAUGAUGUUUCUGAAAUUGCAAUGUAAAACAUGCCCUGUGUAUAACAUUUCGUACAAUAUUAUUGUUUUACUUUUCAGCAAACAUGAAAAAAAUGUGUUUUAUUUCAUGGGAGUAAAAUAUACAGCAUACA